CGGCGUCCCCAUGGCCAAGUUCGUGCUCGCGGGUAGAGCAGAUUGCCAAUAUUAUGCUAAAGCAGAACUUCUGGCAGACUAUUUACAAAAGAACCUUCCUGAUUUUCGGAUGCAUAAAAUUACGCAGCAUCCUCAUGUUUGGGAGGAGUGGCUGAAACAUUUGUGUGAAAAGAAUAAGUGGAGUCACAAAACCUCCCCCAUCAUCUGGAGAGAGCUGCUGGAUCGUGGAGGAAAGGGCUUGCUUUUGGGGGGCUACAAUGAGUUCCUGGAGCAUGCCCAGCUUUACUACGGUGUCACCUCCAGCAUGACGACUGAGCUGAUGAAGACAAUUGCCCAAGAGAACCUGGAGACACACAUGGAAAAGGAGCUGGAGGGAGAAGCCCUGAAAGGUCUCCUCAGCCCCCUGCAGGUCUGGAUCACCAGUGCGUCUGCGCCUGCCUGCUACAACCUCAUUCCCAUCUUGACCAGCGGGGAAGUGUUUGGAACACAUACGGAAAUUAGCAUAACUCUAUUUGACCAAAAGGAGGCAGAAGAAAAUCUCAACAUGCUCAUGUCAGAGAUUCGGGACCUGGUGUCUCCCUUCCUCCGGAGCGUCUCCGUCUGCACCAGGGUGGAGGAGGCCUUCCUCCAGGCGCAUGUGGUCAUCGUCCUGGACGACAGCACCGACAAGGAGGUGCACAGCCUGGAAGACUGCAUCCGCAGCAGGGUCCCUCUGUGCCGGCUCUACGGAUACCUGAUGGAGAAGAACGCCCACGAGUCUGUCCGAGUCAUCGUGGGAGGAAAGACCUUUGUCAAUCUUAAAACGGUUCUGCUCACGAGAUAUGCCCCCCACAUCGCACACAACGUUGUCGCUGUGGCGCUGGGGGUGGAGGGCCAGGCCAAAGCCGCGCUGGCCAGGAAACUGGGCACCACGCCUUCAUCCAUCAAAGACGUGAUCAUUUGGGGGAAUAUUAGUGGAAAUAACUACGUUGAUCUGAGAAAAGCCAAGGUUUACAGACAUGAGAGUGCCAUUUGGGGCCCUCCGCACUAUUCACGCCCUGUCUUAAGCUUGAUUUUUGAUAGUGAGUGGGUAAACGGAGAAUUUGUGGCGACUCUGAAAAAGCUGACGGCCACAGGAGAGCAAUUUGGAGCCAUCUUAGCUGCACAUAGCAUAGCCACGAUGCUAAAAUACUGGUACCACGGCUCUCCGCCCGGGGAGAUCGUGUCUCUAGGAGUAUUGAGUGAAGGCCAGUUUGGUGUUCCCGAAGGGAUCGUCUUCUCUAUGCCUGUGAAGUUCGAGAAUGGAACUUGGGAGGUUCUUACAGAUCUCAAAGAUAUUGAAAUAAAUGAGCGAAUAAUGACCAGAAUGACAAGUGAUCUGAUCCAGGAGAAACUUGUUGCGCUUGGAGAUUUGAUAAAUUUUCAGCCGUAUCAAUCAGAAGCUGACUUAGCCUUAAAAGAUGUACCCACCGCUGUACCCACCACAGAUGACAACCAGGAAGGUCAAAGAGAGUCAGGUGGUAGGUAUAUCAGUUGA